AUGGGUCACGGUCCACCAGGACAUCAAAACUUUGGUCCUCCUGUAGGUUCAUUGAACCCAAGUGUUCCUGUUGUAGCCCAAUUGCAGGCAUCUGUUCCUGGUAUUCCAGUAAACAAGCAGCCUCUCAACAAAGUCCCUAGCAGAACUGUAUACGUGAGCAAUCUUAAUGAAGACGUGAAGAUCGAUGUUUUGAAAAACACACUUCGUACCUUGUUUAAACAAUAUGGUGAGGUUUUGGAUGUUGUGGCUCAUGGCAACAUUCGUAUGCGUGGUCAAGCUUUUGUUGCUUUUCCUGAUGAGGAAAGUGCAACAAAAUCCAUCAAGGAAUUACAGCACUUUACACUCUAUGGAAAGCCGUUGGUUGUUCAAUAUGCCCGCAACCGAUCGGAUGUUCAUGCCAAAGCAGAUGGAGACUAUCCUGACCAUUAUAAGAGACGCUUAGAGAGAAAGGUGUAUUUGGUAUUUAUAGAGGAAGUCAGAAAUCUCCCAUUACCUGGAUCUCACAAGCCUACAUUUGCCCCUGCUGGAUCCAUUCCUCCUCCCAGCAACAACACCUUCUCUUCUGGACAACAUAUUCCCGACGAAUACUUGCCUCCCAACUCUAUUCUCUUCUUGCAAAACUUGCCCGAGGAUAUCGAACACAAUCAGCUUGUGGAGCUCUUCCAGCGCUUCCCUGGUUUCAUUGAAGUUCGUAUGAUCCCUACCAAAAAGGGUAUUGCUUUCGUCGAAUACACAAACGAGAUGCAGGCUUCGAUUGUCAAGACCGAAUUGGCCAACCAUACAUUCGAUCCCGAGCAUGUCAUGAAGGUUACCUUUGCCAGAAAGUAA